AUGUCAUCUACAAGACCAGACUUAAAGUUUUCUGAUAUCUCUGAGGAGCGUGGAUUCUAUAAAAGAUUUGUGAGCCUACCAGAAAAGCCUUCUUCAACCGUAAGAAUAGUGGAUAAGGGAGAUUACUACACCGUUAUCGGGGAAGAUGCACAUUUUGUGGCAGAUAAUGUAUAUCAUACACAGUCUGUGUUGAAAGAUUGCAAAGUUGAUGGGGUAGUAGCGAAGGAAUUCAAGGGCCCAAUGAAAUAUGUUACGGUAUCACCUCAGGUUGCCAGUAGCUUACUGAAGACGUGCCUUUUGGAUCUCAACUACAAGGUAGAGAUUUACGAUAAAUCGUGGAAGCUUUUGAAGAGUGCAUCCCCUGGAAAUAUCGAACAAGUACAGGAUAUAAUGAAUGUUGCCGUGGACUCAUCAAUAGUCAUGGCAAGCUUGAAGCUACAGUUCAAUUCGCAGGAAGGUUUUUGCGUUAUUGGAGUGUCAUUUGUUGAUACUAGUGAUUAUAAAAUUGGGAUGCUUGAUAUUAUAGACAAUGAGGUUUUCUCGAACUUAGAGAGUUUUCUGAUCCAGUUAGGUGUGAGAGAGUGUUUGCUGCCGGAUUUGUCUAAAAACGAAAACCUGAAUAGUGAAAUGAAGAAGAUCUGUAGUGUUAUUGAACGCUGCAACUGCGUGGCAACAUUCAUUAAGAGCCAAGAUUUUUCAGAAAAAAAUGUAGAGAUUGAUUUGACUAAACUUGUGGGUGAUGAACUAUCGCUCUCCUUGUCGAAAUACUCCAACUUGGCACUAGGCGCGUGCGGAGCCCUUCUAGGUUAUUUGCAAUUGCUAAGUGAUCAGGACCAAAUUGGCAAAUAUGAAGUGAUGCAGCACUCUUUGGAGGAGUUCAUAAAAUUGGACGCUUCUGCGAUAAAAGCAUUAAAUCUUUUCCCACAAAAUAAUUCGCAGUCAUUAACUAUAUCUGGGCCGAAUGCUUCCUUCGGGAGCUUAGGUUCCAAUAGAAGUAAGAUUACAUCAUUGUUUCAGUUACUAAACAAUUGUAAAACCAACGCUGGUGUGAGACUACUAAAUGAAUGGCUAAAACAACCACUGACUGAUGUAGAAAAAAUUACAAAAAGGCAUAUUCUUGUGGAAUAUUUGAUCGAUCAAUUAGAACUAAGACAAAUGCUACAAUCUGACUACUUACCAGCAAUUCCUGACGUUCGUCGGAUCACUAAGAAAUUAAUGGGGAGCAGUAAUCUCGAAGGAGUGUUAAAGAUUUAUCAAUUUUGCAAGAAGAUUCCAGAGAUAACGCAGCUGUUGGAGUCCUUUUUGAGUGAUGAUCAGGUGCAGAACGAAGUUAAAAAUUUAAUUAAGGCUGUCUGGUUGGACCCUUUAUUGGCCCAAACGGGUCCACUUGCUAGUUUAGAAGAAAUGGUUGAAACCACGGUUGACUUAGAGGUCUUUGAACAAUCCAACGAAUACAUGAUCAAGGUAGAAUUCAACGAGGAGCUCGCUCGAAUCAGAGAUCAACUAGAUUCACUAAGGGAUCAAAUCAAUGCCAUACAUAUGGAAUCCGCAGAAGAUCUCGGUUUUGACCCAGAGAAGAAGCUAAAAUUGGAGAACCAUCACAUACACGGAUGGUGUAUGAGAUUGACCCGUAACGAUGCCAAGGAGUUGCGUAAACGUAAGGAGUAUAUGGAGUUGUCGACCGUGAAGGCUGGUAUUUAUUUCAGUACUAAGAAGCUCAAGGAAAUAGCUAAUGAGACUGCAACUCUCCAGAAGGAAUAUGAAAAACAGCAAUCUACACUGGUCAAAGAGAUUGUCAGCAUAACGCUCACUUACAGCCCAGUACUUGAACGUUUAUCACUGAUCUUAGCCAAUCUCGACGUUUUGUGCUCAUUUGCGCAUGCAUCCUCCUACGCUCCUAUUCCCUAUAUCAGACCCAUAAUGCAUGGACUCAACACUCAAAGAAAGACACGUUUGACUAAUUCGAGACAUCCAGUCCUUGAAAUGCAGGACGAUGUCGCAUUUAUCUCCAAUGACGUAUUACUGGAGGACGACGUGGCUAAUUUCCUAAUCAUUACGGGACCAAACAUGGGCGGUAAAUCUACCUACAUCAGACAAGUCGGUGUCAUUUCACUGAUGGCUCAAAUCGGUUGCUUCGUUCCUUGCGAAGAAGCAGAGAUCGCCGUAGUUGACGCAAUUCUGUGCAGAGUCGGUGCAGGAGACUCCCAAUUGAAAGGAGUAUCAACAUUCAUGGUAGAGAUGUUGGAGACCGCUUCGAUUCUAAAAAAUGCUACUAAGAACUCUCUCAUUAUUGUGGACGAAUUAGGUCGUGGUACUAGCACGUACGAUGGUUUCGGGCUUGCAUGGGCAAUUGCAGAAUUCAUAGCAGGCAAGAUUGGCUGCUUCGCACUGUUUGCAACCCAUUUCCACGAGCUAACAGCAUUGUCGGACAAGCUAUCCAAUGUGCAAAAUAUGCAUGUUGUAGCACAUAUCGAGAAAGGCGACUCAAAUCACAACGACAGUGACGAUAUUACGCUACUUUACAAGGUCGAGCCUGGCAUUUCAGACCAGUCGUUCGGAAUCCAUGUUGCGGAAGUCGUUCAAUUUCCGCAAAAGAUCAUCAAGAUGGCCAAGCGCAAGGCCGAAGAGCUCGAAAGUCUGAAGCACUAUAACAGAGAGAUCAAAAAGGCUAAGUUAACGUCAGAGGAACUUUCGCAUGGUAACAAAUGCUUAAAGAUUUUGCUAAAGGACUGGGUACGCCAAGUCAAAGAGCAAGGUCUCGAUAAACCGGAAAAUCUGUCGGAUGAAAAUUCCCAGGAAAAGAUACAGCAAUUGCUACGUUCCCUCGCCAAAGAAGCUCAAAAGAACAAUGACAAAUAUCUGCAAUACGUGUCCGAAAUUUUACUGUGA